CAAGUUGAGGGGCACUUAACCACCGUGCGCUAAUUUCUCGUAGAAGAGAGGAACAGCAUUUACGCCAUUCUUCUUCUCCAACACUUUUUACUUUUGUUGUUGUUGUUGUUGUUUCAUUUUUGUUGGUAGGGAAAAAUGUUCAUCGAGAAUUUCAAGGUUGAGAGUCCUAACGUCAAGUACACCGAAACUGAGAUUCAGUCCGUGUACAACUAUGAAACCACCGAACUUGUUCAUGAGAACAGGAACGGCACUUAUCAAUGGAUUGUCAAACCCAAAACCGUCAAAUACGAAUUCAAAACCAAUACCCAUGUCCCUAAAUUGGGGGUAAUGCUUGUGGGGUGGGGUGGAAACAACGGCUCAACCCUCACCGGUGGUGUUAUUGCAAACCGAGAGGGCAUUUCAUGGGCAACAAAGGACAAGAUUCAACAAGCCAAUUACUUUGGCUCUCUCACCCAAGCCUCAGCUAUUCGAGUUGGGUCUUUCCAGGGAGAGGAAAUCUAUGCCCCAUUUAAGAGCUUGCUUCCAAUGGUCAACCCUGACGACAUUGUGUUCGGGGGAUGGGACAUCAGUAACAUGAACCUGGCUGAUGCCAUGGCCAGGGCCAAGGUGUUUGACAUUGAUUUGCAGAAGCAGUUGAGACCUUACAUGGAAUCCAUGGUUCCACUCCCUGGAAUCUUUGACCCGGAUUUCAUUGCUGCCAACCAAGGAGACCGUGCUAACAAUGUUAUCAAGGGCACAAAGAAAGAACAAGUUCAACAAAUCAUCAAAGACAUUAAGGAGUUUAAGGAAGCCACCAAAGUGGACAGGAUCGUUGUCCUGUGGACUGCCAACACAGAGAGGUAUAGUAAUUUAGUUGUGGGACUUAACGACACCAUGGAAAACCUCUUGGCUGCCGUGGACAGAGAUGAGGCCGAGAUUUCUCCUUCCACAUUGUAUGGAAUUGCUUGUGUUAUGGAAAAUAUUCCUUUCAUCAAUGGAAGCCCUCAGAACACUUUUGUCCCAGGGCUGAUUGAUCUUGCCAUCAAUAGGAACAGUUUGAUUGGUGGAGAUGACUUCAAGAGUGGUCAGACCAAAAUGAAAUCUGUGUUGGUGGAUUUCCUUGUGGGGGCUGGUAUCAAGCCAACAUCAAUUGUGAGUUACAACCAUCUGGGAAACAAUGAUGGUAUGAAUCUCUCAGCCCCACAAACCUUCCGCUCCAAGGAAAUCUCUAAGAGCAACGUUGUUGACGAUAUGGUCAACAGCAAUGCCAUCCUCUAUGCGCCUGGCGAACAUCCAGACCAUGUUGUUGUUAUUAAGUAUGUGCCUUACGUGGGAGACAGCAAGAGAGCCAUGGAUGAGUACACUUCAGAGAUAUUCAUGGGUGGAAAGAGCACGAUUGUGUUGCACAACACAUGCGAGGAUUCACUAUUAGCUGCUCCUAUUAUCUUGGACUUGGUCCUUCUUGCCGAGCUUAGCACUCGAAUUCAGUUUAAAGCUGAAGCUGAGGACAAGUUUCACUCAUUCCACCCUGUUGCCACCAUCCUCAGUUAUCUGACCAAGGCUCCUCUGGUCCCACCGGGUACACCAGUGGUGAAUGCACUGUCAAAGCAGCGAGCAAUGCUGGAAAACAUUCUGAGAGCUUGUGUUGGAUUGGCUCCUGAGAAUAACAUGAUUCUCGAGUACAAGUGAAGCAUGGGAAAGAAUCAUAGUUGGAAUAAUCUGGCUUGAUGUUCAGAAAACUUAUCCCCCUUCCCCUCUUUUUUCUGUUUAGAUUAUGUUUGCUGAUGUUUUCACAAGGAUAAUAUUUUUGUCUUUGCUCGUAUGUGCUUACUUUUAGAGCAGGGCAUAUUUUGUUUUCUAGGUACAUGAAUGUAUGAAUUUGUGUACUUUGUCCUUUGCUCGUAUGUGCCUACUUUUAGAGCAGGGCAUAUUUUGUUUUCUAGGUACAUGAAUGUAUGAAUUUGUGUACUUUGUCCUUUGCUCGUAUGUGCUUACUUUUAGAGCAGGGCAUAUUUUGUUUUCUAGGUACAUGAAUGUAUGAAUUUGUGUACUUUGUCCUUUGCUCGUAUGUGCCUACUUUUAGAGCAGGGCAUAUUUUGUUUUCUAGGUACAUGAAUGUAUUAAUUUGUGUACUUUGUAUUCUGUUGGUGUUUAUCGUUC